AUGGCAUGUAUCACCGUUGCAAACAUGAGAAGGGGCGUGCUGCUUCAUAAACUCAUCCUCGUUGAGCAACUGGCAGCAUUGUCUCAUGGCACCUUCUGUUUCAUGUCUUUCCGCGGCUAUGGAUGGUACCUUUCGAGCACAGCAGCCUUGCUCUAUUGCUCGUGGGUUGUACACAAUAUUGUUGCAUGGAUGAAGAUCCGUCCGUUCUUCACCGAUUCAAGAUCCAUGUUCAAGCCAGAGACGGGCUUGUGGGUCAAGCGCAUAUACUUGGUCACCCUUGCUUGUACCGCACCACCCAUCAUCCUGCAGAUCUAUGACAACUUUCGAUUCUUCAACAACAUCAAUGACUUCUACACCCAAGUGAGGCCUUACGAGCCUUUGUUUAGAGAUCCUUGGUGGGUUUUCACCUGUAUCGCUUUGUUCCACGUCAUUCGCAAAUGCUACGGAACUGGGGUUUUUGAAUUGAUCAAAAGGUCUCCCCGUUUUGGCAUCUUGCUCGGCGCUAUCUGCCUGUCUCUGAUUUUCACCGGGCUUGACAUUGUCGCAAGCAUUCACAAUUUCAUCGGUUCCACUGACGGUAUAAAUCCUUGGUGGAAGCUGUCGUUGGUUUUCAAGUGCUUGACCGACACAAUCAUGCUGGACGAUUUCAAGACCGAAUUGAAACGCUUGGGUAUCAAGCGGUUGCAACAGGAUGAAUUACGUCGACGAAGUAUGGCAUUGGUUUUGGACGACCAUACCAAGGAUGAUGAUAAUCAGCUCGAGUUCUCGGAUGCUCUCAACGUCAAUCCUGCCACGUUCCAAAUACUACAAAGCACAGACACGAGCUCCAGCCAAAGUCCGAGGGGCCGAUUGAGACAUGAAUCUGUCAGUGAAUCACGUGAUGACCAGAGAAAUCACGUGGGCAGUUCGGGCAAAAAGAUCUCCCGACUGCCCGGAUUGAAGGAUUUCAAAUUCGAUUACAAGAGGACUAGCAGAAAGAAGACUAAAUCCGACGAUGAAGAGAAGCAAAGACCAGCAACGGACGACGAUCGACCUCCACCAGCUGCCCCAGAUCGACUGUCACAGAUGCGUAAGAGCUUAGGCGUAAUCGAUUAUCACCCUCGCUAG